AUGCGCCGCGAGUUCUUUGGCGACCAGCACAAGCUAUCGAGGGAAAAUUUGAAAAAAGUGGAUGUCGGCGUGACAAACCACUAUGAACCCCAGGGAUUAAGCGACCGAUUCGCGUACAGGCUCGUGCGCACGCUCAGACUCUUGCCUGACACCUACUUUCGCAACGACCACUACACGCGAGUUGUCAUGUUGGAAACCAUCGCAGCCGUGCCUGGCAUGAUUGGUGCGAUGCUGCGUCAUAUGCUUGCACUGCGUAAGCUCAAGACGAAUCAGGGCUCAUGGAUUAUCCACUUGCUCCACGAGGCCGAGAACGAGCGGAUGCACUUGAUGAUUUGGCUCAAGCUUCUCCAGCCCAGCUGGUACAACCGCUGGCUGAUACUGAUAGCCCAAGGCGUGUUCUUCAACGGUUAUUUUUGGCUUUACUUGUGGUCGCCUCGAACAGCUCAUCGUAUGUGCGGCUAUUUGGAGGAAGAAGCCAUCCAUUCGUACAAUGAGUUUAUUGAAACACUGGAGAAGGGUGCACUGGAUAACCCACAAGCUCCCAAAAUGGCUAUUGAGUACUACAAUCUAGUACCCAACGCAACGGUUUUGGACGUCGCCUUGUGUGUACGUGCGGACGAAGCAGUCCACCGUGAUUGCAACCAUUAUUUUUCUACUUGCAUUGCCCAAAACCUCCCCAUUGUGCCAGAAGGGAACUCGGAGUAG